CACCAAACGACGACGGUGGCGUUGGUGGCAAAAAAUUUAUAAUCGACAGAGAUGCUAGAGUGAAAGAGACAAAGCAAAUGCGAGAGAGAGAGAGAGAGAGAGUGCGAACAGAGAAAAAUCGGAAAAUCGUUAUGCGACUACUAUAACCCACCACAAAAUCGCGGUCGCCUCUGUUGUUGCCGGGCACCUCACACUCGCGCAUCGAAUCCGAUUGCGAUUGCGAUUCCAGGAUCUGAAUCCUCUGACAUAGCAGCCGCAUUUUAAUUUUUUUCCUGGUUUGUGAGCUGCAAAAAUUCAACGAAAAUAAAUAAAUAUGGACCCUUCGAAUCUGGCCUUUGGUUUCCCCGGUCUGCCCAACCAUGGACACAUGCCAAUACCACCCACCGCCAAUAUGCUGGGGGGCCAGCAUCCUGCACCCACCGCCAGUCCGCCACAAAGCGUUCCCGGCCGUCGGACGCCACUUGGAUCGGUAGGUCUGGGUGGUUUCUAUGCCCAAGGCAUGGGCAUGUCCCAGCAGCCACCGACGGAUGAGAAUAAACCAGGACCUAGUGCACCGGAAAAACCACUUAGUCCCACGGCCGCUGCCAUUGCAGCGAUUGCCAUCAGUGGUGGCACUACCACGGUGGCUGUGUCUAGUGGUGGCGCUAGUGGAAGUGGUUCCAACAAUGGCAAGCAGAAGAAUCGCCAAGGAAAGACUGUUAGGCUGAAUAUUAAUGCCCGAGAACGUCGUAGGAUGCACGAUUUAAAUGAUGCCCUGGAUGAGCUGAGGAGUGUGAUUCCCUAUGCCCAUUCCCCAUCAGUUCGGAAGCUAUCGAAAAUAGCCACCUUAUUGUUGGCCAAGAACUACAUUCUUAUGCAGCAAAAUGCUCUGGAAGAGUUAAGAAGACUACUGGCCUAUAUACAAAGUACCACGGGAGCUGCACCCUUGGAUUUGGGUGCUUUCCCAGCGGCUGCCAAACUGCAGGCCCUUCUCCAAGGACCCCACAACGAACCGCCCUCCAGCAGCAGUUAAAUAAGAGUCUGAGCCACUACCACGGUUCUCCUGAUAAGCAAUCCAUAAAAAAGCAAUAUUUUUAAGUCAAUUGGAGGAAGAUGCCAAAUAUUUGUGUACUAGUCAGGCGAAAGGAGGUUGAUAAAGAGCCUCUUAUCAGAGCAGCCAAGUGAAAAUCUGUUAAGUGAUAUUUAUUUUUGUCAUAAGCAUUUCUUAUUUGUGCAUUUACAUAAUGUCAACCACUAUAUGUAAGAUGAUGUAUUAAUAAAUAAAGUAUUAUUAAAGUAGAAAGAAGAAAAAGA